GAGUAACUGAAUCGCGGAAGCAAGCACCACCCCGAGCGUGGGAACGACGAGGAAACCCUAAACCUGCAAACCAUCUUCUACCUCCCACGGCCCAUCACCACCACCACCACCAUCGACCCUUCCAAUGGCGGUGGCACCACCGGGCCCCUGAUUCCGUGCCUCCGCGCCCGUCUCGCAGAUCAUCGCCGCGCCAUCCUCCCCGAUGCCCUGAUCGCCCCCCCCCCCGCCCCUCCCGAGCGUCUCCCGGACACGCGGCCCAUGUCCCUCGACGCGGGCCCGGCGGCGGCGGCGGCAACGGCGCGGUCCCGGGCGGAGACCCGAGCAGGCCGCCGCCGGUCGCGGCCCCGGCGGCGGCGGCGGCGGCGGCGAUGACGAGCCAGCAGAGGCUCAGGCUGAACCCUAACAAGGACCACAGGCCGGACAGCUACGACGACCUGCAGCUGGACUUCAGCCCCGCGAUCUUCAGCUCGCUGGAGCGGUACCUGCCGCCGACCAUGCUGGGGGUCUCCAGGGACGACAAGGUGAAGUUCAUGAGGGAGAUUCUGCUCAAGUACUUGCCUCACGGGGAGCGGAACAGAGCUCAAAGGCAUAGAGAUUACAGGCAGAAGAUAAUCUCAAAUUAUCAGCCUUUACAUCGAAACAUAUACAGCAUGCACCCUUCAGCAUUCUUUGUCCCGACGUUUCUUAAAGCAAUCAAUGAAAAAACAGAGGAGAGUUUUAGAAAUAUAAUGUCUGAACCAUCUCCCGGUGUCUUCACAUUUGAGAUGUUUCAACCGCGAUUCUGUGAAUUGUUGCUCUUAGAGGUGGAAAAUUUUGAGGAUUGGGUAAAUGAGGUAAGAUUUAGGAUAAUGAGGCCCAAUACCAUGAAUAAAUUUGGAGCUGUGCUUGAUGAUUUUGGCCUAGAGACAAUGUUGGACAAACUGAUGGAGGGAUUUGUUCAUCCUAUUUCAAAAGUAUUCUUUCCUGAAGUUGGAGGAUCCACCCUCGAUUCUCAUCAUGGCUUUGUUGUUGAGUAUGGUAAAGAUAGGGAUGCUGACUUAGGUUUUCAUGUUGAUGACUCAGAAGUAACUCUAAAUGUGUGCUUGGGUAAGCAAUUUUCUGGUGGAGAGCUGUUUUUCCGGGGGACACGGUGUGAUAAGCAUGUGAACACAGGCACCCAUUCAGAGGAGAUUUUCGACUAUAGCCAUGUACCUGGGCGAGCGGUGCUUCAUCGUGGUCGUCACCGACAUGGUGCUCGGGCCACAACUUCUGGUCACAGGAUUAAUCUACUCCUGUGGUGUAGAAGUUCAAUAUUUAGGGAGAUGAAGAAGUAUCAAAAGGAUUUCUCCAGUUGGUGUGGAGAGUGCUUGCGUGAGAAAAAGGAGAGGCAACAACAAUCAAUAGUUGCUACCAGAUCGGAGCUGAUUAGAAGGGAAGGAGAAUCAACGGCAUGACUUGAUCCAGUUACAAUUUGUGCUUGGGCUCUUUUUCGAAAAGCUAGGCUUCAUUGAGACACCGAAGCUGCUGCUCGGAGAAUCUAAAAAUUGCUUUGCGCAUCGCAGUGAUGCACAACGAGUGUAUGUAAAGAAUUUGUUAAAAGUAAGGGGGAGCAUUUAUCUAAGUAUGUCGACCGGUGAACCGAAGGGAAAUGAUCGUCUGUCCGACUACAUAUCAUUUAUCUUUCUUCAGAAGGAAAUUUAGCAGCUUUUAGGUGGACGUUGUAUAUCUGCUAUCUCUAAUGAAUUCUGCUUCUUCUUUUUUAUUUUCUUAUGUAAUUUUGUACUUUUUUCGCCCGUGACAUUGAAUAGCAGCAGCGGCGACAAACUGUACAUUAUUUCCUUUGCUAGUGAAUGUUGUCGGAUGUUUUGAUCCACUGAUGUGAUGAAGAUUCAUUGAUUUGA